AUGCGCCAGCUUCCAGGCACCAACAGCAAACUGCCCUUUGAGCUGCGUAUUCACAGGUUGGUUCAUCUGGCCAUUAUACACUGUGUCCCCGAUGUGGCUCUCUGCUGCAUUGCUCAGCUGCCCAGAGAAGUGCUGGAGAUCCAGAAUGACCUUUUCCAGACCCCACUGCACUUAGCCGUGUAUCUGGAACAGCCCAGUGUGAUCCAGGCGCUCAUCCACAAGGGAGUCAACCUUGGCCUGCAGGACCGCAACGGCAACACCCCGCUGCACCUGGCCUGCGAGCAGCAGCGGAUACAGUGCGCCCAGCAGCUGCUGCAGGGCACAGACGGCACGGAUGAGCCCGCUGGGUACCAGCAGGACCUGCAGCUCCAGAACUGGCAAGGCCUAGCUUGUCUGCACAUCAGCACCUUGAAUGGGAACCUUCAGAUGAUGUCUCUGCUGCUUCAGAGUGGGGCCAACAUCGAUGUUCGGGAGGGCACGAGUGGGAAGACCCCAUUGCACCUGGCUGUGGAGUGCCACAACCGCAGGGCUGUUCAGUUCCUGCUGUGCAACGGGGCCUACGUGGAUGCCCAGAUGUACAACGGGUGCACCCCGCUCCACCUGGCUGUGGGCAGGAAGGAUGCUGCCAUUGCUGCCAUCCUCUCGCACUCUGGGGCUGACACGCUGCUGAGGAACAUGGAGAAUGAGACAGCCCAGGACCUUGCUGAUGGCAACGAUGAUCUCCUCGCCCUGCUGCCCUUUGACGACCUGAAGAUCUCGGGGAAGCCUGUUGUGUGCGCUGAAUGAGUGGCUGGACAACUUCGGCCCAUAGGGCUGCCUCCUUCCUCUGUGCUGUUGCCCGGAUGCCCACUGGGACAUAGUCUGCCUGCAGUUCAGCGGGUACAGAGCCAGCCU